UAUAAUUGCCCUCAAAAAUGAACACAUGGCACUGAUCCAACCCCCCUUCAGGGCCUAUAUAAACGGAGCAUAAGAGCCGUUUAGCUUCUAACGUCCCAUCCGACGGUUUAGGCAGAGCUCCCGAAGAUCGAAGACUUGGAGGAUGUUGUCGUCUCUGGCCCUGGUUCUGCUGGUCACCCUGGCGGCGAGCGACGCGAUGAAGGACCCGGAGAGCCUCCAGAGCGAGAUGUUUCCUCCGAUUCACCCAAAUUGUACUCAGAGCCUCACAGACUACAUUCUGCUGAGACAAGAAGUUCAGCUGUCGAAGAUGGCCGCCGCUGAGGAGGUCAGGACUCAGCUGACGAGGGAGAACCUGCAGGUGCUGACGCAGGUCAGAGACGCCUUAUCCCAGGUCAGCGAAACUUUGACACAACGCAACCAGGUCAAUGGAAACUCCGUUGUAGAAACCCGAAGGACCUGCGACCCCCCCUUCACUCCCGUCGGCGCCUCGUGCCUGCUCCUGAGCCUGGGGCAGAAGGAGGACUGGGCUUCAGCGCGCCAGUUCUGCGUCGGGAAGGGGGCUGACUUGGCGCACUUCUCUGAUGCUGCAGGUUACGCUGCCAUUCUUGAUUACAUUAAUAAAAUCAACUCGCAGAAUGACAUGGUUGAUGUGUGGCUUGGUGGCACUGACGAGGCGCUGGAAGGGACGUGGCUGUGGGUAACGGGCGAACUCAUGCCCCGAGGAACACCGUUCUGGGGAUCUUCAGAUGGCUACGAGGCAGCGCCCGAUGGAGGAAGGUCUCAGAACUGCGCUGGCCUGUACAAACGCGAUCAAUAUUACAUGCAUGACUUCCGCUGCAACGGCUCUGCGGCUCCACUUUGCCAGAAAUGAGGACAAAAUAGCCACAGUAUACAUUCUGCCAUGACAUGCAUUGUGCCAUAGUCCUUUUCCAUAGAACAAUCCCUUUUUUAUGGUAUUAUCGAUAGCCUAUUUUUUUCGUUUUUUUCUCUUGUAGCUUUUGGAAAUAAUAAUCCUUGUCCUCUUAUGAAAUGUAAAUGAAUAUACAGCAUGUAAUAAAUCCCCGUGGCUUUUUUGUUUCGUUUCGUAAGGAAUUGCUGUAAGUUUAUGUUGUACUUGUAUAAGUUUUUUACCCGAAAAAUACACGCCUGGAGAGUAAUCUGCCUCAUAAUCUACCCGAAAAUAAAUAUGCACACGCGCGCACACACACUUUGAUCUGAUUAUUUUGUUUUUGUGUGUUGGUAUACAUUUGGUUCUGAUUCGUGGCAUCCUCCCCAGACAACGUGGCAAUAUGCGAGGUGUGGAUAAACGAGUGAGAAAUAGAGAAGCUUUAAACAUUUAUUUGUGAGAAAAUCUCGAAUUAGAUGAAAAAAUGCCACAAUGUUUACUGAUUUUCUUUCGUAUGGAGGUGAUGUGAUUGCUCCCCGUUAAUUUACUGUCUAGAAUGACAUCAAAGGAAUUGUACAAUG